AUGGUCCGCCUGCGGGAGAUCCCCCGGACGGCCACCUUUGCUUGGUCUCCCGGCGCCGCCCCGCCGCUGCUUGCCACCGGCACCAGGGCCGGCGCUGUCGACGCAGACUUCUCCAACGAGACACAGCUGGAGCUAUGGGACCUUGCGCUCAACUCCCCCGAGCACCCCGUCGAGCUCCAGCCCGCCGCCAGCAUAAGCCUGGAUUCGAGGUUCCACGACAUCGCCUGGAGCCAGCCCGAUGAAUCUCGCCCAAGGGGCAUAAUAGCAGGAGCUCUGGAGAGCGGGAACCUGGAUCUCUGGGAUGCGCAGAAGCUUUUGGAUGGCGCAAGUGACUCGGCCUUCCUCACCCGCGUCUCCAAGCACACCGGCGCCAUCAAGGCCCUUCAGUUCAAUCCCUUCAAGCCCGAGCUGCUCGCAACUGCCGGCGCAAAAGGCGAGCUCUACAUCAACGAUAUCAACACCAACAACCCCUUCCGUCUCGGCAACACCGCUGCCCGCGCGGACGACUUUGAGGCCCUCGACUGGAACAAGAAGGUCCCCUACAUCCUGGCUACCGGCAGCAAUGGAGGUUUUGUGACUGUGUGGGAUCUGAAGACAAAGAAGGAGAACUUGACUUUGAACAACUUUGGGAGGAAGGCUGUUAGCGCUGUGGCAUGGGACCCCGAUGUUCCCACGCGUCUGAUUACUGCGGUGCCCAACGACCAGGAUCCCCUGAUCCUCAUGUGGGAUCUUAGGAACUCCAAUGCCCCAGAGCGUGUUCUCAAGGCACACGACCAGGGAGUGUUGUCUUUGUCAUGGUGCAACCAAGACAGUGACUUGCUUCUGUCGUGCGGCAAGGACAACCGGACCAUCUGCUGGAACCCCCGCACCGGCCAGGCUUUGGGCGAGUUUCCCGUCGUCACCAACUGGACCUUCCAGACCAGGUUCCACCCUCACAACCCCGACCUUCUUGCGACUGCCUCGUUCGAUGGUAAGAUUGCCGUGCAGACGCUACAGAACACGAAGCAGGAUACGGAUGCGGCUGCUGCCGCCGCAGCUCCUCUGGACGGCGAGGAUUUCUUUGCAAGAGCGCAGACCCAGCCUCAGGCGUCGACAUUCACGCUUCCCCAGCCCCCUAAAUGGAUGCGGAAGCCUGUCGGCGUCUCUUUUGGCUUUGGUGGAAAGCUUAUCAAGUUCGGGCCGGAUGCUACUACCAAGAACUCCAAGAUCAGCAUUUCUACUUUUGCUGUUGACCCUGCGGUUGGCGAGGCGACACAGAAGUUCGAGGAGUCCCUGCAGAAGGGUGAUUUGGCAAGCAUUUGCGAGUCGAAGAUCGCUGAGGCUAAGACCGAGGAGGAGAAGGCGGACUGGACGGUCAUAGAGACUUUGAUUUCUGGCAAGGCUCGCUCUAAGCUCCUGGACUACCUAGACUUCGGAAAGACGCCCAGCUCAGAGUCGGCAGACGAGGAGAACAAGGAGGCGCAGACAAACGGUACGACCGAGAACGACGAUACGUCUUUCUUCGACAAGGCCGGUGAUGGCGACGAUUUCUUGUCUAACCUGGCAGCGACGAAGGGCGUCAAGACCAACAACCCCUUCAAGAUUUACACCGGCGAGGAGUCGGAUGCGGACAAGAACAUUACGAACGCGCUAAUGCUUGGGAAGUUUGAGCAAGCCCUGGAUAUCUGCUUGAAGGAGGACCGUCUUUCGGAUGCAUUCAUGAUUGCCAUUUGUGGUGGCCAGAAGUGCAUUGACAAGGCUCAGGCGGCUUACUUCAAGAAGAAGGCUGAUGGCCCGAACUACCUUCGUCUGCUUGCUUCUGUUGUUGGUAAGAACCUUUGGGACGUUGUCUACAAUGCGGAUCUCGAGAACUGGAAAGAGGUCAUGGCGACUCUUUGCACUUACGCAGAUGAGUCGGAGUUCCCUGACCUCUGCGAGGCUCUUGGCGACCGUCUGGAGGAAUCCAUCCAAGAGGGAUCCGAGUCCGGCAGCAUCAGGAAGGACGCUUCCUUCUGCUACUUGGCGGGAUCCAAGCUGGAGAAGGUCGUGGGCAACUGGGCUCAAGAGCUGCAGGAGAGCGAGGAUGCUAGCAUUGAACAGAAGGAGGGCGACAAUGCCUUCUCAAUCCACGUUAGAUCCCUGCAGAACUUCAUCGAGAAGGUCACCAUUUUCAGGGAAGUCACGAAGUUCCAGGAUUCGGAGCGCUCCAAGACGGAAGACUGGAAGCUUGCCCCAUUGUACGCUAAGUACGCGGAGUACGCUGAUGUUGUUGCCUCGCAUGGCCAGCUGAGCAUUGCUGAGAAGUACUUGGAUCUUCUUCCCGAGCAGUACCCGGCUGCGGAGGUUGCACGGAGCCGUGUCAAGCAGGCAACUCGUAAGGUUGCUGCUGCUCAGCCUACCCACCAGAGGACCGCCACUGCUGCAUCGACAACCCAAAGAGGACAGCGUGUUGUUCCCGCUUACAACCCCAUUGCCGCUGCCACUCCGGCUCCAGCGGCCAAUGUGUACGCCCCGACAGGUGUUGCUACUCCACCGCAACCUGUAUCUCAGUAUGCUCCUCCUAGUGCCACUACUAAGGCCUACACCCCUGCUGGUUACCAGCCGCCUCAGGCGAGCAUCCCCAAGCCGAACCCGUAUGCUGGUUAUGGCGGUUACCAGCCUCCGCAGCCGACCAGCAUCGCGCCCCCUCCUCGUAACUUCUCUUCCUCCCCGGCUGUUCCUCCGGCGUCCCAAGCUGGCAAUGUGGGCCAAUGGAACGACCUCCCUGAGGAUUUCGCGAAGCCCAAGGCCCCGAACUCUCGUCGUGGAACACCUGGUGCCGCCGGUGCCAUCACUUCCCCGUUCCCCGGCGCGAAUGUCGUCUCUCCUCCCCCUGGUGCUUCAUCCUUCAUGCAGCAGCAGAAGGCAACGCCGCCGCCCCCUCCGAAGGGUCCCCCGCAGGGACCUCCUCGUGUCACCUCUCCUCUCGCUGGCCCGAAUUCUCCCACCGCUGCCGGUUUCGACGCGUCGAGAAGAUCAUCGGCGGCCGCAAAUGCCUACGCUCCUCCCCAGCCUACUCAGCAGUUUGCUCCCCCUCAAGCAACCCUCCCUCGUGGUCCUUCGCCUUACAACCCUCCUCCAACAAGUGCGCCCCCUACCAACCGCUAUGCGCCGGCCCCCAACAUGCAGCCUACUCCUCCUCCCCAGAUGGCUGCGCCGCCGAGGCAGGUUGCCCCCAACCCUUACGCAGCUCAGCCGUCGUUCGGUGCGCCAUCGCCGGCUCAGACUCCCACUGCUCCUCCGCAAGGACCUCCGCAGUCGUAUGCUAGGCCACCGCCUUCUGGCCCACCACAAGGACCCCCUCGUGCCGGUCCGCCUCCGGGUGGACCUCCAAGGGCUGGACCUCCGCCGGGUGGCCCGACGCCUGACUCGAGACCUGGGACUGCGCAGUCCAACCACAGCCCUCCUGCUCCCCCACCGAAGGCUCAGUACCCCGCCGGUGACCGCACGCACAUUCCGGAAACUGCGAAGCCCAUCUUCGAGAUCCUCAACGCGGACAUGGCCCGCAUCAAGGCGCGGGCACCGCAGAACUUCAUGCCGCAGGUCCUUGAUACGGAGAAGCGGUUGAACAUCCUGUUCGACCAUCUCAACAACGAGGACUUGCUCAAGCCCGAUACGGUGCAGGAGAUGGUGCAGCUGUCGCAGCACAUCCAGAACCGCAGCUACGACGACGCACAGACGCUGUUCACUGGCCUGAUGAAGAACAAGAAUGACGAGGGUAGCAACUGGAUGGUUGGUGUCAAGCGCUUGAUUCAAAUGAGCAGGGCUACGCCUGUUUAA